AGCCAUACCUCAAAGAAGAAACCCUUGAAAAUACGACACAAAGAAUAAGACCAACAAUCCAUAGUAUUAUUAAUGCAAAAAGACCAGAGCCAAUUCCUAAAACUAAACCCAUAACUAGAUGUUAUCAUGAAACAAAAUCGAUCAUUUUUUCCAAAUUUGUUGCAAUUUUCUGUUUCUGUUUGUUUGUAUUCGAAUUCAAGCAGCCAUAUAUUUUCCGAUAAUGUACGAAACCAGGCCGACAUUCGACGUUCUGUGACGUUAUCCUCCUACGCAGGCAUCUUUUUGGGGUUUAUCCUGCGAAUGGGUGUUUGAGGCCGUGUAGUAAAGCACGAUUCAAGAUGGCGGCGUUUAUAUUGAGGCAAUCAUUUUGUCGUCUUGGUAAGUAUAUCAAGUUUUUAUUCUGUAACAUUUAAAGUUACUGCUAUCUUUUAUGAUAAUUUUUCAUACAAUUGUAUUAUACCAUGCUAGGUGCAAUUGCUUCGAGACAGAAGUCGUUUGCAACUUUACACAAUCUACAAAAUGGUCCACCUACUCUACCAUUUCUACGUUCAAGGUGUUUCCAAAAGUCAGGUACAUUUAUCAAGGCGUUGAUUAUAUUAUCCCGGUUUCCCGGGCUUAGAUGUUAACAAGUGAAAAUUGUCCGAGGAAACUUUUUCACGAGUUAAUAGUGUGUCGAGGUUUGCAAUAAUGUUCAAGAAAUCAUAUUCAUCUAAUUUUUACAGAUUUAAUAAAACUGCUUUAUCAGCAAGAUUAACAUAUCAAAUAAAAGAUUAAACACAAAAAUAAACACUUCCAUAAACAUGUCAAUUGUGGAAUUUUAUUUUUUUGUACUGUAUUGUACACCAUAUUUGAUGUGUUAUGUACCAGUCAAUUCCAACCAGGGCUCGAAUUUUAUCGCGGCAAUUGCCGUAGAGGGAGAACAAAAUGCCGUGGAUCAUUGCGGCAACGACGGCAAUUUUUUGCCGUAUAGUGCAAUUUUUAUACUAUUCACUGUCCAUUAAAGGGGAAGUCAAGUCCGUUCUGCGCAUCGGUUCUGCGCACAACAAUGUGAGGACCUCUAAUGUGAAAAUUGCCCAAAUUUCGAAUGUUUCGAAUUUUUCUGAACAUAAACUUUAUUUCAUAUUCAUUUAGAAGCAUAGCGAAUCAAAAUGCUGUUAGAUAUUCCGACAGUACAUCAUAUUUUAAAAGUUCAAAAUGUAAACAAACCGUUUGUUUACAUUAUGGACUUGACUUCCCCUUUAAUUACUAUUAUGAUACUUGAAUUCAGAUGUUGAUCAAAUCAUGCAUAAAUCGCUAUUUUAGUCUCAGUUUUCUUCGAAAAAACACACACUAAAGAAAUACGUAGACAUUUUCUAGCUUGUCAAAAAUCCAAGGUAACAAUAAAAUUAAAGUUUUAUUAUGUACAGUAAUUUGAAAAAAUGCCGUGGAAACUGUCAAAAUUGCCGUAGACAGCUGUUACGUUCGACGGCAAUUUUUAAUGCCAUUGCCGUCGAUUGAUUUCAGGGAAUUUCGAGGCCUGAUUCCAACUGCAAUCAUCCCCUCAGACUUCAUUAUUUGCAAAACGCGCACAGAAGAAAAUGUCUUUCAAAAUUGCACCAAAAGGGUGUGUCUGUCAAAAAUGCCCGCGGAAGAUCUUCCGUGCGCAGUGCAGAAAAUGCAGUCUGACCCCCCCCCCCCUGGGCGAACCACCGGGAAUGGGUCGUUCCAGAAAAGAUCCAUACCCCCCACAGAGGAAAUUUUUGCUGUCCAAAGGGGGAGGGAGGAAAAAUGUCUUGGGAUGUCCGAAGGGGGGAGAGGAAAAAUGUCUUAGGAUGUCCGAAGGGGGGGAUAGGAAAUGCGGAUAUACUGUAAGUUUGUCUGAAGGUUUGAGACUGUGAUCGGCGAUUAUAAUGAGCACACAUUUUUUGUCGGCUAUAUGUAGCUCUUAAACACCAGAACGUUUAUGUAACAGCAAUAAUUAUACGUCCAUGUAACUCGUAAGCAAAAUAAGCGGCCCACUUUUGCAUGCAUGGCCACCAAAAACUAACUCGCUGUAACAGCAUAUCCUGCAUGUUGAGAAUGAGUCGAAAAUUGACACGCUUUAUUUAUAUAAAAGUAAAGUUUUGCGGUUUGCAUUUGCUGCUCUAUUAAGUAGCAUCUCUUGGUAAGGUAUUCCAAGUUUGUUAGACUGCCUUUUGCAUUGUUGUAUGCUGCUUCAAGUAUGGCAGAAGGUGGUAAACAAUCUGUAAGAUGUAUAAAGAUGCUCUAGAAAGCUCACAGGCGGCCCAGACGUGUAUCAGUGUAUAGUAAAUAUAUCAUUAUAGAAUAUACCUCUGAGAAUAUACUAAACAAUAAAAUUUGUAAUGAAUUUUAUAUUUUAAAGUCAUCUUGCCCACUUUGAUUGUAUGUGAUCGUCCUUUAUUUCUGAGCGACUUUACAUUCGAUGCCUGCGACUGCCUUCAUAGGUGAUAGUAUUGAAAGCAAAGGCUAACGAUUCCAGUUCUCAAACAGCCGACACGAACAAUUCAAAUCGAAAAAUAUCCCCUUCAAAUUGCUUUGUUCCCGGUAAAACUUCGCCAGCGUAUAGAAUAAACACCCAUCUUUGAACAUACAAGGCAAUAUUAACACGUUCUGUAAUUUUUGCAAUGGAUUUUUAGCGAAAUGUUUCGAGACUAAAAUUCUGUGGAACUUAGAAAGACCGAUAAUUACUACGGCGCCCUGCUUGGCCACCUAGCCUCCUAUACCGUUUGGAUUGUCAGGGGGGGGGAUUCAAAUAAAAAACACCUAUUUUCGGGAACAGCCAGCCAAACAACGCCGCAAUACCGACUGUUUACAAUAUUUGAAAUCUGAUAUUGCAAUUUAUCAACAACAAAACUCUUUCGAUCGAUUGAUCGUAUAGUAUAAAAUAGAAAGAGAGCUGUAUACGAUCGAAAGAGUUUUGCUGUUGAUAAAUUGCAAUAUCAGAUUUCAAAUAUUGUAAACAGUCUGUAUCGCGGCGUUGAUUGGCUGGCUGUUGCCGGAAAUAGGUGUUUUUUUAUUUGAAUCCCCCCCUGACAAUCCAAACGGUAUAGGAGGCUAGGUGGCCAAGCAGGCGCCGUAGUAAUUAUCGGUCUUUCUAAGUUCCAUAGAAUUUUAGUCUCGAAACAUUUCGCUAAAAAUCCAUUGCAAAAAUUACAGGACGUGUUAAUAUUGCCUUGUAUGUUCGAAGAUGGGUGUUUAUUCUAUACGCUGGCGAAGUUUUACCGGGAACAAAGCAAUUUGAAGGGGAUAUUUUUCGAUUUGAAUUGUUCGUGUCGGCUGUUUGAGAACUGGAAUCGUUAGCCUUUGCUUUCAAUACUAUCACCUAUGAAGACAGUCGCAGGCAUCAAAUGUAAAGUCGCUCAGAAAUAAAAGACGAUCACAUACAAUCAAAGUAGGCAAGUAAAUAUGAUAUUAAAAUAUAAAAUUCAUUACAAAUUUUAUUGUUUAGUAUAUUUUAUAAUGAUAUAUUUACUAUACACUGAUACGCGUCUGGGCCGCCUGUGGAAAGCUUUAUUAAAGAUGAUUACGAUUUUUUGUGUGCAACCGCUGACAAAUUUUGUGCGACAGCAGCCAAGUCAAAUGCAUUGAAAUGAAUAUAAUUGGAAUGCUACCUUCAGAUAAACAUACUGCCUAUCUUUUUCUUGAAGCCAAAUAUUACUUUCAUCCAUGCGUGUCUGGAGGUAAGAUCACACAUGUUCAUAUCAUGAUUGACUGAUUGAACGCUCUCCCCAUUUGUGAAAGACUGGGACUGGCUUUCAAGUUUGGCUUCAAAUUUCCUGUUGGAGAUAACAUUCCAGUUAUAUUCAUUUCAAUGAUCAAAUGCCCGAUGGGGCGGGCUCAGGUUCGCAUCAAAUUCCCACCUGUGUGGGAUUAAACUCUGGUCAAAUCCCGGGAGUUGGCCCGGAGGGGGGAUGAUUGCAGUUGGAAUUGCCUGGUACAUUAAGUUGAUAUGAAGAUUUCACUGUCGCCUGUUAGACACCAAUUUUUUUAAAAAUAAAUAAUUUGAUUUGGUUUUAAGGUGGCUGGAUACAUUUUUAAAAAAAAUCAUGUGUUCAACACUUUGGCAUGUUCAUACUAUGUAUUUUAGAAUUUAUUCAGCAGAUAUUGAGGUUUUUAUAUCUUUUGCUAUCUCUACUUUCAAAUUAUAUUGGUUUUAGUAACAGAUAGUUCGUUGCUAUGACGACAUACGUGUAUGAAAUUCACUCGAAAAUGGCCUAUCGUCUCGUAUAGUUGGAAAAGAAGUAUGGUAACCCCCAAUUUUUUUUCGUGCAUUAUUUUACUUGGAAGAAAAGCUAACAAUUCGCAAAAUAUAAAAAAUUCUGUAAUGCCAUUUUUUGGAAAAUGCGAAAAUGACGUUUUGGCAUUACACAAAGUUUUUAGCUCUGCAAUAUAGCAUGCAAAUUUCGAACAUAGGUCACCAGACAAAAUAGAGAGAUAUAGUGCAUUGUUUAAUGUUUUUCUAAAAUGGAAAGUACAUAAAACCACAGGGAAGAGAUAUACAGAGAGGAAACAGACACCUCGAUAACCUGAAUUUUUGUGUCACGCGUUCCACGCACUUUCCACGCGCCACGCAAAAUCUUCCAGCCAGUGCCGUCGCUGAAAUUUCAUAGCAAAAGAUAGGGAAAAACGCCGUUCGAAAGGUGAAAAUCGCUUUUUCUAAAAAAAUGAGAUACCCAUGGAAGUUUUGUUCAAUAAAUUAUUGUAGAAUAACGGUAAGCGAUCACUUUCAUUGAUUUCUUUUUAUUAAAAGUGUUAACAUAACAUUUUAUUUUGCAAAAGUUUGUUUUUUUCCCUAUCUACUCCUUAUUAAAAUCGUGAGAAGCACUGGCUGGAGUUUCAGAUACUCAUAUAUAAAAAAACAAAGCAGCAAAUGAUAUAAAUUCCUCAAAAUAUAACUCUUGCAUAAAAAAACAUGAAUACUUCCAUAAUACGUAUAGUUUUUUCCCCUGCAUGGUCAAAAUUUGAUAAAAUAGUGAAUUAAUAUAAUUUUCUAUAGUUAAUAGACUGAAUAUAUCGGCGUGACACAAUUUUCCGCGUGUUUCCUCUCUGUACUAUCUCUUCUCUGUGAUAAAACGCUAUAGAACACGCGCAAUGACGUGAGAUGGCGCGAGCAACUGCUCGCGUCAGGUCAUUUUGGAAGUUCUUUCAUUUCGUUUAUAGCACCCUGAUUUCGUUAAUCAGUUUCCGCGACCUGCACGUAAAAAUGGUCACUCGGUUUUGUUCGCGAUUCUUUGGCAGGAUUUUUGUGAUAACUAUAUCGAGCCACCUUAAGGCAUGAAGAACAGGAAAAAAUUAAGCCUCUUGACUCCUUAAAUUGGAAACACAAUUAAGUUAGUAAAAACACUUGUACGGUACAUCUGAACUAUCUCAGACAGUAUAUUUUAAUAAAAGGCUUUAGUGCAGUGUGCUCUAUCAUGUGGUUAUGACAAUCAUCAUGUUUCAUAUGUUAACACUAGUAGACAUAUACCUGCAAAGUUCUCCAUAAUAUCGUAAUGUGCAGGCGUAACUACUCAUUGAUGUGUUAAGUUGAUAUGAAGAUUUCACUGUUCGCAACUUGUGUUAGCCACCAAAAUUUAUAAUGAUUUGAUUUUCGAGUAUUACAUAAUUGAGCUGUAUGAUAUAAUAUUUGAUCAUAUUUUGUAAUUAUAGUCUUUCCAUUGGUUCAGAAGAAUUCUAUUCAUUCAAGUUGUGUUCUGCAACAGCAAACAGGUGUUUAAUACAUAUUACUUAAAACAUCAUCCUCAAGAUAUUCCCCCAUAAAGGGAAAUUAUCCUUCUUUUUGUCAUGAUUUUGGGUGAAAUGCUGAUUGCUGUUCAAUAGGAAUGUUGAGUAUACCGAUAUACCGAAAAUAUUGGUAUUGAAACCAACAUCGGUUUAUCGGUAUCAGUUUUUCAGUCGUUUCAUUUUUGUUUUACUCAAAUGUAAAGUAAAAAAAGUAGACAUUUCGUCUUAAAAAUAACGUCAACGUACAGCUUCGAAAUUAUCGUAAACGGUGUUUCCACUUUUCAAGUUAUUCAAUUAGCCUUUUCUCAAAAGAGAUCACAGUGCAUUCUGGGAUCGUUUGGAGGGACAAAAUAUAUGGUGACACUCAGUGACAGGCGUCAAACAUGUGAAAGAGUAGAAGUAUCUACUAUCAAAUAUCAACUUUUUAGACAACAAAAAAUGAAUUAUCUCCUUUUUACAAACAGCUGGGAAAUUUGUUGUCGCUGUGCAGAAAAAUUGCUGGCGCACGCGAUAUUUUACAAAAAUUGGAAAAUUUGAAAAAACAACACGAGUGAAAUUUCAACUGAUGAUUUUGCAUUUUUAAGACGGCGAUCAAGGAAAUUAAAUUGUUGGAAAAACUUCACUAACAUCUCAAGUAUUGAAAGCAUCUACAUUACCAAAAAUUUAAUUGUGGAUUGAUUCAAAAUUUAGGCGAUAAAGUUACAUAGCUAGGAGUUGGCUUUUGUGCUUUUCGAAUAUUAGUUUUCAUUCGCAGAUUACCAUAACUUGUUGACCUCAUGGGUGGCAAAAUCGACAUAAACGUAAACUUCUAACCAAGAGCUAUAAAACAAAUAGCUUUUCAAAAAGAUAAACUUUAUUUAGUCAAAAGGUUGAGGGUAAAUAAACAUGCUACUGCGUGGUAGUGAUUUCGAAGCAACUUUGUCACAUAUAUUUUAAAAAGUGUGAUAAUGAAUCAAAUUUUGCUUUUUGCAAUCUCGAAAAGGUAUGAAAAUUAUUUAAAUAUUUAAGGUUUCCGUGUUUCUAAAGUAUUUUUUUGAGAAAAGUAAAAAUU